CCCCGCGCAUGCGUACUCCCUUUUUCUCUGUGUCUCUUCCCUUUCUCUUGUGUCUCCCUGUUUGCAGGGGCUUUGCAGGCGUGAGCUGCAGGAAGCUGGCGAGCAAAGCAGGUGCGAAUCAUGGAUGGAUGGUGACUUAGGAAAGUGCUGAGGAUGAAAAUCAUUGAAUGGAGAUGAAAUUACUGCGGCCGGCACUUGGAUGUGUUCUGAGGGGCUUUCCUGGAUGUCUGUGUUAAUUUAGAUUGUCUCGUAUGCUGAUCGGCUGUGGAUUUAUGGAGGGGCCUGGCCGCACCUUUAAGCACUGCCACGCACAACAUCCGGCCCGUUGAAGCCCGAACCCCGCUGCUGCCUUGCACAAAGCUGGCGCCCUGAGCCCCCGGGCAUCACCAUUCGGGUCUCCUGUGCAUGGCUCUUGCCGCCUCAGGAAGACUCUUGCUGGGUGCCGCCCCAGCCUGACCUGCGCCAGGCUCCCCUCGCUCCCCGCAAAUAUUUUACAUAUCCAGAUGGGGUAACGUGACAGCGCAAGAGCAGCGCCGGCAGGUCCACCGAAUGCAGAAGCCUUUCUGAAGAGAGCUUAAGAAGGGAAGCCGAACGACGACUACUCUAAAUUUGCACACACCAAGGAAAUUGACACUACGGCAGAUAUAUAUCUAUACAUUUUUUUUUCCUUUUAAGUAUUGGCGGAUAUAUUUUUGUUUUGUUUUGUUUUCCUUUUCAUCAGUCGAGCACAGGGUUUCUUUGAUUCUAAUUGGAUGGUUUAGAGAAUCCAGCCUACGCUGUGUCCCGAAAACCGGGGAGAUUUGCACAAAUUUGUGUCGAUUCGGUGGGGCAAAGAGAGGGAAAAAGAUAGUGUUUUGCCAAACUUUAGGGUCUCUUUUGUUUUCCUUUUGCCCCGAAAUUCUCUUCUUCUGCCCCGGCUUUUAGGAGGGCGAAUUCUUUGGUUUUGUUCAUUUUUCCUCCUCCCCUCCACUCCAUCUUAUUUUGCCCUUCACCACCAGUACCACCAGUACCACCACCAUGGCCCGUAUGAACAGACCUGCCCCUGUCGAGGUCUGCUACAAGAACAUGAGAUUCCUGAUCACUCACAAUCCUACCAAUGCCACGCUGAACACCUUCAUUGAGGAUCUGAAGAAGUAUGGUGCAACAACAGUCGUGAGAGUGUGUGAAGUAACUUAUGACAAGACUCCACUGGAGAAGGAUGGCAUUACUGUGAUGGACUGGCCAUUUGACGAUGGAGCGCCACCGCCCACCAAGAUUGUGGAUGACUGGCUCAACCUGCUCAAGACCAGGUUCUGCGAAGACCCCGGCUGUUGUGUGGCUGUCCAUUGUGUGGCUGGUCUGGGACGGGCUCCUGUUCUUGUUGCAUUGGCCCUGAUUGAGAGCGGGAUGAAGUACGAAGACGCCAUUCAGUUCAUUAGACAGAAACGCCGGGGAGCCAUCAACAGCAAGCAGCUCACCUACCUGGAGAAAUACCGACCAAAGCAGCGGCUCCGGUUCAAGGAUCCUCAGAACCAUAAGAACAAAUGCUGCAUCAUGUAAUAACCUCAGUAACAGCCUCUUGCCAAAACACACACCGGUGGGGAGGACACACAAGGCGUAUCACACUCAUACACACAGGGCUUGAGCUCUGGAGUCAGAGGAGAUCAUGACUUCACUACUUUUCUCGGUGGGCAGGAUCCCCUUACAUUUCGCCAAGACCUGGGGAAGGGAAAGGCCAAUUUAACUUUCAAACGCUAGGGAUUGUUUCUGUAUUUUGCCCUCCCAAGUGAUCCCUUGAAAUAUAUUUGCAAUGGCAUCAUGCACCCAUGCAAUUCCCCUUCCAUUUUGUCCUGGGGUUGGCAGAGUGGGGCUGGCAGGUCUCUAGACCAUUUACACCAGAGUUCAGAAGAUUUGCAAUAUAGGGCUGCCUACAAAGCCCUACUCUGCCUCCCUCAGCUUUUCUGUGAGCAUUGCAUCAUUUGAUAUUCACUCUACAAUAUGGCCAUCAGGUCACCACAUCUCCCUCCCUUUUCUGUGGAAUUUCCUCCGCUUGAUAGGUCACUGUCCAUUCUUGGCCAGCAAUAUUAGAUCAGGUGGGUUUGCAGUAAAGCUCAGGAGUUGUGGGGAAAAGUGGAUGAGUUAGCAGAGGACUUGAAUAACGGAUGGAGAAUCUGCUGUGGCAUAUUUGAUUGAGCUCCACCCUUUGAAGUAUAGUGUUGUCAUGCUUCGUGUUGUGAUAGUUGCACCUAAUUUGGAGAGUUUAGGUUCGAUGUGGAGGAAGGAAUCCUCUCCUUUCCUUUGAAGAGUGACAGCGAGGCUUGUAGUUGAUUGGUGCAGCAAGUGGCAGCUGUUUGAUUUCAUGGGAGUGAAGCAGGUAACCUACUCGGGAUUUUAAUCCAAACUGUGGAGGAACUAUUCAAGCUGAACCAGUGGUUAGGGCAAGAAUAGGGAAACUCUGGCCCUCCAGGUGUUUUGGACUUCAACUCCCACAAUUCCUAACAGCCUACCGGCUGUUAGGAAUUGUGGGAGUUGAAGUCCAAAACACCUGGAGGUCCAAAGUUAGCUCAUGCCUGGUUUAGAAGCACAGAAUCCCCACAAAAGUGUAAAAAAACUAAACAUUUUAAGCCCUCCAAACAUGUAUGCUGCAGAUUGCUACAUCAACACCAGUGUUGAAAAUGGUGGAUGCAGCACCAAAUACAGUCAUCCAUGAAUAAUAUCUGUGAAUGUUUCACCCACCAAUGUGAAUGGAGUGCCACUACUCCUUUACAGUUGAGACUGAAACUCGGUGAGCAUUCAUUGCUCCAGAAAUAAGCAAACCACCAGCCCAACUGCAGAAAAAAGGAGACAGGCUUCAUCAGUUGUGGUUUCAGUGUUGUGGGAUUGUAUAUGUGUGUGUGUGUUGUUCGGUGCUUCACAUUUUACAUCAUGAAAUGCCCAUCCUUAGCUCCAAACUUCUGAUUCCUUUUCUUUCCAGAGAUGGAGGGGAAGCAAUUCGAUGUGAGGAGUAUGGUUUGGAAACAAUGCUUUUGGGGGCUACGACUCUCAGAAUAUAGUGCCGAUUGGAGGAUUUGGGGAGCAGUAGUUCUCCCAAAAGUCGUUUUCCCAGCUCUGAGUUCUGAAUUAGUGUUUGAACAGAGAACAGAAGGGUAUAUGGGAUUGGAAGAGGCAUGAGCAAACUUUUGCUCUCCAAGUGUUUUGGACUUCAACUCCCACAAUUCCUAACAGCCUACUGGCUAUUAGGAAUUGUGGGAGUUGAAGUCCAAACCACCUGGAGAGCCAGAGUUUGUCUAUGCCUGGAUUAGAGGCAGGGCAGAGUUAAAGGUGAUACUGUUUUUUUACUAUCUUGGGAAGAACGACAUUGCCAAGUUCAUACAUUCUUCCAAACGUACCAUGGGUAGCCACAAACCCACCAGGCUUAUAAAAAAAAAACAGUUGCCAAAAUGGCCUGAUAAGAAUCCAGUGACUCAUGGGUUUCAUACAAUCCCUUAAUCACCACUCCCUCCAGAGACCACCACCACCAAGGCCCUGCAACCUUGUUUUAAGGGAAAACCAACUCAAGUGCCAUUCAAAUUCUUCCAAGUUUUGCCACCCCAUUUUUAAUGUAGUAGUGGAAGUGGACUUUGGAACUUUUCUGGUUUUGGGGAGGGGAUAUUGGAGUUAGCAAUCCACAGUAGAUUCCAGCUUAUUUUCUGGACUGUUUCAGACUGUUUGCUGGACUUUCUUGGAUCUUUGUUUUGUGGGCCCAGCUUUGGUUUCCACCAAAACAUCUCUCUACAUAUUCCCCAACUCCACCUCACUUGGCAACUGAUCCUUUAGGCCCCACACCUAUUUAUUUAUAUAUUUUAUUGCUUAUUUAUGCCAGAUUUUGGGCACCUUGAGUGCCAAGAGAGGGUACAAAGCAAAAGAGAUAACAUAAAA